AAUAGAGAUAGAAAUUCUUGCCAUUUGUUACAUGCGAAGUGGUGCCGCAGUAGAUAGAAUCUGACUGCGUUCCCCAAUGUGUACAGUAUUCCAAUAAGAAAGUCACUAAACACAGCAGUAAUAUGUUUGCGUUACGACACUUGCGACUACAAGGCAGGGCUAAAAUACAUUUGCCAUAUGCUGCGACGGCAACAACUGCAAAAGCAACAACUACAAAACACAUGCCAGCUGUGCCGGCGCGUGUCUAUGUGGGUCUACAUACAUACAGCAGCGAGUAUCGCAUGCCAAGACUGUUGAUGCUGCAGGAACAUAUGACAAGUUGGAGGCUUCACCAAAGAACCACGACAACGCUGUCGGAAUCUUCGAACCAGGAGAGGAAGACGCCGCAUAAAGCAACACUGUUACAGGAACUGGCCGACGCCGCUAAGCCCUACGCACAGCUGAUGCGUAUAGACCGACCCAUCGGGACAUAUCUGCUCUUCUGGCCGUGCGGCUGGAGCAUAGCUCUGAGUGCUGACGCCGGCUGCUGGCCAGACUUUUCGAUGCUGGGACUCUUUGCAUUGGGCGCAUUGAUUAUGCGCGGCGCGGGCUGCACCAUCAACGACAUGUGGGACAAAGAUAUCGACGCAAAGGUGGAAAGAACGCGCACUCGCCCUCUGGCCUCUGGAAAGAUUACGCAGUUCGAUGCGAUUGUAUUUCUCUCAGCGCAGCUUAGCCUGGGUCUGCUUGUGCUGGUGCAGCUGAACUGGCAGUCCAUCCUGCUCGGCGCCAGUUCGCUGGGUUUGGUGAUUACGUACCCGCUGAUGAAGCGCGUCACCUACUGGCCCCAGCUGGUGCUCGGCAUGUGUUUCAACUGGGGCGCCCUGCUUGGCUGGUGUGCCACUCAGGGAAGCGUUAAUCUGGAAGCCUGCCUGCCACUCUAUCUAUCCGGUGUGUGCUGGACUAUAGUCUACGACACCAUCUAUGCCCACCAAGACAAGCUGGACGACUUGCAGAUAGGCGUCAAGUCGACGGCGCUUCGCUUUGGAGAGAACACAAAAGUCUGGCUCUCCUGCUUUACAGCAGCUAUGCUGGCGGGGCUCACCUCUGCCGGCUAUGCCUGUGACCAGACUCUGCCCUAUUAUACCGCAGUGGGCGUCGUCGGAGCGCACUUGGUGCAGCAGAUCUACUCCCUCAACAUAGACAAUCCCAGUGACUGCGCCAAGAAGUUUCUCUCCAACCAGCAGGUGGGCCUAAUUCUUUUCCUGGGUAUCGUGCUGGGCACUUUGCUGAAGUCGGACGACAGCAAGAAACAUAGUAAAGCAGCGCUACCACCUGUGACAGCUCCAUCAUAUGUACCUUUGCCCCAAUCAAAGCCGGACGUAAUUAGCUGAACGGUUGUGUGGCUGUGGUGUUAAUUUAAUUUUCAUCCUUCAUUUGCGGGUUCGCUCUAGACCAAAGUCUGUACAUAGCUAAAUAGUUUAAUUAUUUUACGGUUAUAUUUUGUAGAAGUUUUAAUGGUAUUUAAUGCAAUUUGUUGACAUUAUUCAGAAAAUCGCCUCGGGGAAACGUCUAAAAUCAUGUGUUACUCAUUCG